UGUUCUAAAUUCAAUGCCUCUGUAGCGGUGAGAAACUAAAUAACCUCUCAAAUAAAACUACUAUAUGGUGUUUCUUUCCACGUGCAUUUUUCAGUGUUCUUUUCCCAACUUGAAUUUUUAUUAUCAUGGAGUCUUCUAAUACUUCAUUAGUGAAAGAAAAAAAGAAGAAAUCAAAAUGUGUCGAGUUAGGUGAUCUUCAAAGCAAGGGAAGUUUCACGGUUGAUCCUUCAGAAAUUUCUGCAAAAUUGGAUUCAUCGAAGUGGCCUCUUCUAUUGAAAAAUUUUGAUAAAUUGAAUGUAAGAACAAAUCAUUAUGUACCACUAGAAAAUGGAUCAUCGCCCCUAAAAAGAGAUAUAGUUGAAUAUGUUAAAGCAGGUUGUAUUAAUUUAGAUAAACCAAGUAACCCAAGCAGCCAUGAAGUUGUGGCAUGGAUCAAACGAAUUCUGAGAGUUCAGAAAACAGGCCAUUCAGGUACAUUAGAUCCUAAAGUAACAGGUUGUCUAAUUGUCUGUAUUGAAAGAAGCACACGCCUUGUGAAAUCACAACAGACUGCAGGUAAAGAAUAUGUUGCUGUUUUUAAACUACAUUCUGCAGUAGAAGGAGGAGUCGCUAGAGUCAAAAGAGGUCUAGAGAGUUUACAAGGAGCUCUUUUUCAGAGGCCUCCUUUAAUAUCAGCAGUAAAGAGGCAACUGAGAGUAAGAUCUGUUUAUGAUAGCAAAUUGAAUUUUUUUGAUGAAGAAAAAAAUAUUGGAGUCUUUUGGGUGAGUUGUGAAGCUGGUUCUUAUAUACGUACAUUAUGUGUCCAUUUGGGUAUAAGGCUUGCUGUUGGUGCCCAAAUGUUAGAACUUCGUAGAGUGAGAUCAGGUAUACAAACAGAAAGUGAUGAUAUGGCCACAUUGCAUGACAUUUUGGAUGCUCAAUGGAUGUAUGACAAUCACAGAGAUGAGAGCUAUUUAAGAAGAGUUAUCAAACCUUUAGAAAGUUUAUUAGUAGGACAUAAAAGGAUAAUAAUGAAAGAUAGUGCUGUAAAUGCUAUUUGUUAUGGUGCUAAAAUUCUAGUCCCAGGUAUUUUAAGAUAUGAAGAUGGAAUUGAAAUGAAUGAAGAAAUAGUGAUUAUUACUACAAAAGGAGAAGCAAUAUGUUUAGCAGUUGCUCUAAUGACUACUUCUACAAUUGCAAGUUGUGACCAUGGAGUUGUUGCAAAGAUAAAAAGAGUUAUAAUGGAAAGAGAUACUUAUCCCCGAAAAUGGGGACUUGGUCCUCGAGCUUCCAAAAAGAAGCUACUUAUAGCUAGAGGAGAAUUGGAUCAAUAUGGAAAACCAAAUGAAAAAACUCCUAAAGAAUGGUUGAACAGCUAUGUUAAUCUCCCAGUGAAACAGGAACCAGAUGAAGUUGUGGAAAAUCCAGCUAAGAAAAUUAAAAUUGAGGUUGUUGAAGAAACUGCGGAAUCUGCAAAGAAGAAGAAAAAGAAAUCGAAUAAUGAUGAAAGCAUUGCAGAAACUAGCUUGGCAGAUGCGAGUAUUGAAGUGAAAAAAGAAAAAAAGAAGAAGAAGAAAAGGCAAAGUGAAGAAGAUGAACCUGCGUCUAAUACUUUAACAGAAGAAAGUUUAGUUGGAGAUGGUACUGAAGUUCAAAAAGAAAAGAAAAAAAAGAAGAAGGAUAAGAAUAAAGAUAAAGAAUAAUUUGUAUUGAAUUAAGAUUCAUCCUCAUAUAUUAUGAGGAUUUGAAGGAUUAUGAGGACAAAUUAUGAAGCCCAAGUUGUGAAGUGAUGGAAAUAUGUUUAUUAAAAUAUAUUAUCUAUUGACAACAUUUAAACAUAUAUAGAAUUGAAAGGAAUCAAAAUGCAUCAUUGUAAUCUUUAUUUUCUUAUUGUUUCUUUUAGUUAUGUACAAAUAUUAAUCUUGAAAUAGA